UUUUGCUUCGUAACAUUUCAAAAUUCUACACGUCCAAGUACCUGAGUGGAAAAGUUGUCAAAGUUCUACACUGACCACUACAGCCCACUUGGGAAAAUCCUCCUUUAACUCUCUGCAAAAAUUGUUACGGCCAGCAGGAGUCACUAUAGAGGCCGCCUUGAGUAGAGAAACUAGGAGGCACGGUAACCCGAUUAGUCCGUAAGCGUUCACAGAAGGAAAGCGGCUCUAAGAAAAUAGUUCGGAUCUAUCUCGAAUUGUUUUAGUAUAACGAAAACCAAAUCGACGACCACGUAACAGCUAACCUUCGGGAAUGUGACGUAGUACUUUCGCUUCAAGGAAUAUUGGAUCUUAGGCGUUGCCGUAGCUCUCCGCCAAGUGCGCCUGCGCAGGAGACUAGCAGCGUCGUGUCCGGCAGCGGAGGAAACUGGUGUAGUAGUGACCCUCAGACCUCGCCAUGAAGACCCGCUUUAGUACCAUUGACCUCCGCGCCGUACUUGCAGAGUUGAAUGCCAGCUUGCUAGGAAUGAGAGUAAACAAUGUUUAUGAUGUGGAUAAUAAGACGUAUCUUAUUCGUCUUCAAAAACCAGACUUUAAAGCUACACUUUUACUUGAAUCUGGCAUACGAAUUCACACAACAGAGUUUGAGUGGCCUAAGAAUAUGAUGCCAUCUAGUUUUGCUAUGAAGUGCCGAAAACAUUUGAAGAGUCGGAGAUUAGUCAGUGCAAAACAGCUUGGUGUGGAUAGAAUUGUAGAUUUUCAGUUUGGAAGUGAUGAAGCCGCCUAUCAUUUAAUCAUUGAGCUCUAUGACAGGGGGAACAUUGUUCUUACAGAUUACGAGUACCUGAUUUUAAAUAUCCUAAGGUUUCGAACUGAUGAGGCAGAUGAUGUUAAGUUUGCUGUUCGAGAACGCUACCCAAUUGAUCAUGCUAGAGCUGCCGAACCUUUGCUCACCUUAGAAAGACUGACUGAAAUAAUAGCCAGUGCACCUAAGGGCGAACUACUGAAGAGAGUUCUUAAUCCCUUACUUCCCUAUGGACCAGCUCUUAUUGAACACUGUCUUAUGGAAAACGGAUUCUCCGGCAAUGUCAAAGUGGGUGAAAAAUUUGAAAGUAAAGAUAUUGAAAAAGUACUUGUUUGUCUGCAAAAGGCAGAAGACUAUAUGAAAACAAUGUUGAACUUCAGUGGAAAGGGCUAUAUCAUUCAGAAAAGAGAAGUAAAACCAAGCCUGGAGAUCGAUAAACCAACUGAAGACAUACUCACGUACGAGGAAUUUCAUCCUUUCUUAUUUUCUCAACAUUUACAAUGUCCAUAUAUAGAGUUUGAAUCAUUUGACAAGGCCGUGGAUGAAUUUUAUUCCAAGAUAGAAGGUCAGAAAAUAGACUUAAAAGCUUUACAACAGGAAAAACAAGCAUUGAAAAAAUUAGAUAAUGUCCGAAAGGAUCAUGAAAACAGAUUAGAAGCUCUUCAGCAAGCUCAGGAAAUAGAUAAACUUAAAGGAGAACUCAUAGAAAUGAACCUACAAAUAGUUGACAGAGCCAUUCAGGUAGUUCGAAGUGCUUUAGCCAACCAGAUAGACUGGACAGAAAUUGGGUCAAUUGUUAAAGAAGCCCAGGCUCAAGGAGAUCCUGUUGCAAAUGCAAUCAAAGAAUUAAAGCUGCAAACAAAUCAUGUUACAAUGCUGCUAAGAAAUCCAUACUUAUUAUCAGAGGAGGAAGAUGAUGAUGUUGAUGGUGACAUCAGUAUUGAGAAAAAUGAAACUGAACCACUAAAAGGAAAAAAGAAAAAGCAAAAGAAUAAACAGUUGCAGAAGCCUCAGAAAAAUAAGCCCUUACCUGUUGAUGUUGAUCUAAGCUUGUCUGCAUAUGCCAAUGCCAAAAAGUAUUAUGAUCACAAGAGAUAUGCUGCUAAGAAAACACAGAAGACUGUUGAAGCUGCUGAGAAGGCAUUCAAAUCAGCAGAAAAGAAAACAAAGCAAACCCUAAAAGAAGUCCAAACGGUUACCUCUAUUCAGAAAGCAAGAAAAGUUUAUUGGUUUGAGAAAUUUCUGUGGUUCAUUAGCUCAGAGAACUAUCUAAUUAUAGGUGGACGAGAUCAGCAACAGAAUGAAAUAAUUGUGAAAAGAUACUUGACAGCGGGGGACAUUUAUGUACAUGCUGAUCUUCAUGGUGCAACUAGCUGUGUAAUUAAGAACCCAACAGGAGAACCAAUCCCACCUCGGACCUUGACUGAAGCUGGCACAAUGGCUCUUUGCUAUAGUGCUGCGUGGGAUGCACGCGUUAUCACUAGUGCUUGGUGGGUGUACCAUCAUCAGGUGUCCAAAACAGCACCGACUGGAGAAUAUUUGACAACAGGAAGCUUCAUGAUAAGAGGAAAAAAGAAUUUUCUUCCUCCUUCAUAUUUAAUGAUGGGGUUUAGCUUCCUCUUUAAGGUAGAUGAGUCUUGUGUUUGGAGACACUGGGGUGAACGAAAAGUCAGAGUGCAGGAUGAAGACAUGGAGACACUGGCGAGUUGCACAAGUGAACUCAUAUCAGAAGAAGUGGAACAACUAGAUGGGGGUGACAGUAGCAGUGAAGAGGAGAAAGAGGAAUUACAUGAAACUCCUGUAGAACUAGAACUAAUGACGCAGGUUGCUCAAGAGGAUAUUACUGCUCAGAGCGCUGGAGAUGAGCUAAACGAGGAACUGAUUCAGGAAGAAAGUUCUGAGGAUGAAAGAGAAUCUGAAGAGGUGGUAAAAGAUGAGGAGCCAGUUGGUGAAAUGAAGGAUGAAGAGGAAGAGACAUUAAAUUAUCCUGAUACUACCAUUGACUUGUCCCAUCUUCAGUCACAAAGGUCCCUCCAGAAAUUGGCUUCAAAAGAGGAGUCUUCUAAUUUAACUGACAGCAAAUUACAGAGCCGGAGACAUUUGUCAGCCAAGGAAAGAAGGGAAAUGAAGAAGAAAAAGCUUCCAAAUGACUCAGGGGAUUUAGAAGAGAUAGAGGGAAAGGACAAAGAAAAAGAACACCCUGAGACUCAUCAGAACACAAGCAAAAAUGUUGCCGCUGGGCAGCCAGUGAAGCGAGGACAAAAGAGUAAGAUGAAAAAAAUGAAAGAAAAAUACAAAGACCAGGAUGAAGAAGAACGUGAACUUAUCAUGAAAUUGCUGGGGUCUGCAGGCUCAAACAAAGAAGAAAAAGGGAAGAAGGGCAAGAAAGGAAAAACAAAAGAUGAACCUGUGAAGAAGCAGCCCCAGAAACCUAGAGGUGGGCCAAGGGUUUCUGACAGCAUUAAGAAAGAAACUCCUUCCCUAGAGGUUCUCAUUCCUGAGUUUAAAGACUUGGCUGUAGAUGAUCCACACGAUGACAAGGACGAGCAAGAUCUGGAUCAACAGGGAAAUGAGGAAAAUCUGUUUGAUUCUUUGACAGGGCAGCCACAUCCUGAAGAUAUUCUACUGUUUGCCAUUCCAAUUUGUGCCCCUUACACCACCAUGGCAAACUAUAAAUAUAAAGUGAAGCUUACUCCUGGAGUUCAGAAAAAGGGGAAAGCUGCAAAAACAGCCUUGAACAGUUUCAUGCAUUCCAAAGAAGCAACAGCAAGAGAAAAAGACUUAUUCCGCAGCGUAAAGGACACAGAUUUAUCAAGAAACAUUCCUGGCAAAGUGAAAGUGUCUGCACCCAAUCUUCUGAAUGUAAAAAAGAAAUAGCUGAAAUGAUACCGUAAAAUAUUUGAGGAGAGCCAAUUUUAUAGCCUUUUGGAAGUUAAAAGAUGAAAAGACCAUGUAAUAAGACUUCUGAAUUUAAAUAGUGAACUAAAGACUGCCUUGUUCGCCAAAAGGACUCUUGUUUUUUCCGGUUUUAUAUAGAGGAAACACUGUCUAUGGUAGGAUUUCCUAAAAUAUUUGUGGACAGUUAAAUAAUUGUAUACAACUGUAGUUAUUCCCCUAUAUUUACUUGAAAUUUGGGAGGUUAAUACUAAGUAUUCAUUUCAUGUUGUAAAGAAAUUGAAUAGUGAAAUGGCUCAACUGCUUAUUUACUUGAUAUUCUGUAUAUAAAGUCUAAUAUAUAUACAUAUAUAUAUUACUCAGAGGCUAAUCACAACAUUUUAUUUUUUUUGGUGGUGAGGGGGGCAGCUAAACAUUUAGGAUUAUGUCUAGGAUUAUGUCUAAUACCCUAAGUAUUAAAGGAGUAGAUUUCCUUCUGCCCUCCCCUAUACUUGCCAAAAAAUGUUAGACCAGAUUUAAAAUACAAAACACUGAUAAUUCCCAUGACUCAGCUUAAGAAACAGCACCUAGAAACAAUCAAUUUGUGUUGAUCAUUUCCAUGCAUUUAUACGUCUUCACUAUUGUCUUAAUUUCUUCCCUAUAAUUUUAUUCCAUUUUGUACCAUUUUCCAUCUCUAGUAAUUAUCAAUAGGCAUGUUACAGAGUUAUCUCAAAUUAUAAUGUCAGAAUUGUGCUUUAGGCUAUGGCUGAAGACUCCUGACCCAGCUUUCUUCUGUCUCCUAACUGAACUAACUCACGGAGAACAAAGUCUCACAAUACAGUAUUUCCAUUCUUUUAUGAGCUACAAAACUCUGUUACAUUUUAAUUGAUUGGACAGCAACUGCUGAUAGUCAGCAUGACUCCUUGCCUUAGCCCUUACACCAAAGCAUUAAGGUCUAAGUACUAAAUAGCUGCUGGUUACUCCACAUUUUACCAGCUUAGUCUACUGAGAAUUUUUCCUUUUGAAAUUAAUGUUUAAAAACUUUAUUAUGUUGUAUUUAUAAUGUUAGGCUACGUAAGUACAGCCUACUCUUGACAUCUGAAAAAAAUCUAAAAAAUGUUAAUGUUUUUUAAAAUAACUUCACUACUUUGAUGGUGGUGAGAAUAUUUAGUAUAACGUUUGUACAGGUAAAUGCCCUGAAGUUACCAAAAGGGAAACAAAAUAACCAUUCCUUGGGGUAAAAAGUUACAGUGUUAAAUUUCUUUUGCUUUAAGAGAGGACAAUUUCUGGUGUUAAAUACAUUUAUUGCAAACAUCUCAGACACAAAAAUAGGUUCUCUAGGCCAUCCACAUGCACGUUAAAAUAAAAAAGCUGCAAACUACAACAGUGCAUAUAAUUAUACAAAUGAUGCCACCCUGGGAUGUUUAGAGAAUUGCUGUCCAUGCAAGGUGAUCAGAGGCAUUACUUGUGAGGCCUUAAGAUCCAGAAGUGUUGUUACUACCAAACCUCUGAUUAACACUGUGAAGUAAGUGUUUUGGAAGGCAGUUCCAUGAGUUGGCUAAUAUUUCUUUAAAGCAAAUAACUGCUUCUAAGCUUAGCCUGAAAGUGGACAUGAAAGAGAAAAAUAAUUUCAUUUACAGUUCACAAGUACAUUCACUUAAGCUACAAAAAAAAAAAAACUUUAAAGAUUUUUGUAGAAAUUGGUUAGUUUUAAUACUCACAAUU